GGUGGCGAAUUCCACCUUCGUCUGGUAUUUUCCUCUCUACAAAGGAAAACUCCAGAAUCGUCCCGAAUCAUCCUUGACAUCUAUUUAAGUGUCUGCAAAUUCUCCUUGCAGAGAUUUUCUUUAUACCCAUCUUGAUUUAUUUUGCCUGUUUGAGAAUUUGAUAAGUUUGCUUGAAAGGCUGUAAUGGCGAAGGACGGACCCAACUGGGAAGGGCUGCUCAAGUGGAGCCUGUCUCACGCUGAUGGCACUGGUUCUGCUCGCACUUUGAGCGAGGAGGAUCGAAAAUGGUUUAUGGAGGCUAUGCAAUCCCAGACUGUAGAUGUGAUUAGGCGCAUGAAGGAGAUAACUUUGGUUAUGCAAACUCCAGAGCAAGUCUUGGAGGCUCAAGGAGUUACUCCAGCAGAUAUUGAAGACAUGUUGGAUGAAUUGCAAGAGCAUGUAGAGUCAAUUGACAUGGCCAAUGAUCUCCACUCAAUUGGUGGUUUGGUUCCUCUUCUUAGUUACUUGAAAAAUCCCCAUGCUAAUAUCCGGGCAAAAGCUGCAGAUGUUGUAACCACCAUUGUACAGAAUAAUCCCCGGAGUCAGCAAUUAGUCAUGGAAGCAAAUGGCUUAGAACCUCUUCUCUCUAAUUUUACCUCAGACCCUGAUGUGACUGUUCGAACCAAAGCACUUGGUGCAAUAUCAUCUUUGAUCCACCACAAUAAACCUGGUAUUACAGCAUUCCGUCUUGCAAAUGGUUAUGCAGCCUUAAGAGAUGCUUUGGGAUCUGAAAGUGUGAGAUUUCAAAGGAAAGCCCUAAAUUUGAUACACUACCUGCUUCAUGAAAAUAGUUCAGAUUGCCCUGUGGUAGCCGAGCUGGGAUUCCCUCGCAUUUUGAUGCAUCUUGCCUCAAGUGAAGAUGCAGAUGUGCGAGAAGCUGCCCUACGUGGCCUUCUUGAACUAGCUCGAGAGAAAAAUAAGGCAGAUGGGGCCAGUAGCAGGGUAGGUGAAGCAGAUGGGAAAAUGAAGCAACUUCUUGAAGAACGAAUUAGUGGUAUCAGCUUGAUGUCAGCUGAAGAUCUUGGAGCUGCUAGAGAGGAGAGGCAGCUUGUAGAUUCCCUCUGGAGUACAUGCUACAAUGAGCCAUCUUCUCUUCGAGAGAAUGGGCUUCUUGUUCUACCUGGCGAAGAUGCACCACCACCUGAUGUUGCCAGCAAGCAUUUUGAGCCCCCUCUAAGAGCUUGGGCUGCAAACCGUCCUGAUGGUACAAACCCCAGCACCAAAAAGCAGGAACCUCCCCUGCUGUUAGGACCUGGUGGUCCAGCUGAGGCUGCCAAUGCUCAAGGUACCGAAAGUCAAGAAGCAGAACCUGCUGGACAAGGACAAUCGUCCUAGACGAGGCUGUAAGUUGGUUGUGGGGUGGGAUCAGAAACUUAUGUGCUUAUUAAAUUAGCAAAAUUGUUCCUUUUUUUUUCGCUUUUAUUUUUUAUCCAUACUAGGCAAAAUUUUUUCUUCCCACUGUACCAUGAAUGUUUGUAUCUCUUUCUAUGGUGCACCUUGCUAGACAAAAAACAUGCCAUUGCCUGAUCCUUUUUCUGAGUGAUGAAGUAGUUUGCUUGAGCUAAUCAUCUCUGCAACGCAUUGAAUUUGUUGGUUUACAUUUUUUUGGGAUUUGAGGUAUGAAUUCUGAAAUGCUAGUUUUAUUUGCACCUACAGGUUAACCCUUUAUUG